AUUUUAUUAUAACUUACUUGCAUUAUAUUAUUUAAGUUUAUACUUUUACCAAAGUAAAUCACAAUGAAAUACAUAAAUAGCUUCAUUGUGUGCUCAUUUGUACUAGCGAGUGGUGCUCCGGCACCGGGAGAUACCGAGUUUGCUAGACCCAAAGUCAACCACCCUGGCCACAUAACUGGCCACAAAACGUAUUAUAAGUUGAGCGGUGGUGAGCCCUUAUUCGCACCGUUCGGUCCUUUACUUCAGGGCGAGAAUGUGCGGCCGAAUGCAGUGUUGCGGACAAUGUCUGCCGAAAACACCACUCAUUUGAGCGCUUUAUUCAAAAAAUCAUUGGAAAACAAACAGAGUUUGAAUGACAUGUUCAACGAGUUUAAGGCAAAGUUCCGCAAGACUUAUGCGGAUGAGUCGGUGGACGGGGAAAGGGAGCAGAUAUUCAGAAGGAAUAUGUGGCGAGUGUUUGAGCACAACGUGGAGGCCAUGAACGGCAAGUCCUCAUACACUCAACACAUCAACCGAUUCGCGGACAUGACUGAGGAGGAGAUCAUCGAUCAGUUCGGCUUUCGGUUGACACCGGAGGCGAGGAAUCGCAUGAAUAGGACAGUCAGUGGUGGACACGAGAAACGGUGGAAAGGGAUGAAAGGAAAGGACGGUAGAGAUGGGAAGCCAAUCAGGGAUGAGAACGACGACAGUUGGGUAUAUGACUGGCGAUCGGUGGAAGUGGUCGGACCCGUCCAGGAUCAG